AUGGCUCUCUUCAUGGAUACAGACUUCCCUUUACUCAGACAGAAGCAACAAAAAGAUUUCAUGGACCUCAAAAGUUUAUUUGGAGAACAGGAUAAUUGGAAAGAUGGCACCAGUGAGAGUGUGGAGUCAUCUCCAGAGCCCUCAGACAGAGCAGCAGCUUUGAUGGAAGGUCAGAGGAAAAGAAAGCGGACAAUCUUUACCCGCGCCCAGCUGUCAGAACUGGAGCAGGCCUUUGCUGUGACCCCGUACCCAGACAUCACCCUGAGGGAGAGACUGGCAGCAAACACCCACCUGCCAGAAAGCAAGAUACAGGUUUGGUUUCAGAACAGAAGAGCCAGAAGUAUCAAGACUGGGAUAGUGUCCAAGUCCACCAAAAUGGCCCUUGGAGGUCGAGGGCAUAUGGGGCCAAAUGCCAGGCUAAUGACGUCCUCUUUCCACACUUCUGCCACCCUGGCAGACAGAUUCAGGUCCGAGCAAAACCACCCCGGUGAAAAUGCUCCACAGAUUUAUCCAGACUGGAUCCAAAUCUACAACAACCCAGCAUUGUCAUCACCGUCUUCAUCAUCCAUCCACCAGCAGCCUUUAGUGUGCUCCCCCAAGGUCUCUGAGUCUUGUCUCUGGGAGGAGGAGCGCCAGAGACAGCACCUCAGGCAUCUCCCCACUUUCAUUCACCAGCCUAUCAAGCAGCCUCGCCACUCAGAUUCCUCCAGGUUCUACAGGGAUGUCAGCUUCACCCAGACCUUCAGGAACCUGAAGCCACAGAAUUUGGGUCCACCUGGGGUUCAUCAGGCUGUGUAUGCAUCCAGCAGCACUGGAGGUGGAGGUCAUGCCUCUGUUGACCAGGUAGUCCCUUCUCAAUCAAUGUACUGGGAUAUCACCCAAGGCCAAGGACCCCACCACCACCUACAAAUGGGACCACAAACCUCUAUGGGCUACAUCUCAGAUCUCAUCUACAAUGCUGCUAUUGUCACCAACUUUCUGGAUUUCUGAUCAGUUUUGUAGCAAAGAAUGAACUAUUUUGGAUAAUUUUGCAAACAGCACUUCUAUUUCUGCUACAUCAUGUUUGUCCCAUCAAACAAUAGGGUUUAAACUAGAAGGACUUGAAUUAGAGU